AUGCAGCAGUUUUCUAGCUCUAAUGAAGCUGACAUCUCUCCAGAUAUGAAAUCCAUUUUUGAACACCAUUUAUCACAACUUAUAAUCUGGUUUGAGAAGUAUUUUCAAAAUGAAAAUAUUGGUAAAUUGUCAUGGAUUCAAGAUCCAUUCAACUUCAUUACUCCGACUGAUUUUGAUUCUAUUGAAGAAGAAAGUCUUAUCGAGUUGUCUUGUGACAAUAGUUUGAAAGCGAAAUUUUGUAGAACGGAUUUCAUACAAUUUUGGAUUUCAAUAAAGGAUGAAUAUUCCCUAUUAAGUGAUAAAGCACAGCGAAUCCUAAUUCCGUUUUCAACUUUUAAUUUGUGCGAAGCUGGGUUCUCGGCGGUUGCAGUAAUAAAAAGCAAGUAUCGAUCAAAAAUAAAUGUGGAAAAAGAAACGAGAUUGGCUGUAUCUACUUUGAUUCCAAGAUUUGAAAAAUUGUGCAGUGAUUUGCUAGCGCAUCCAUCCCAUUAA